CCGCGUGCUUUUUCAAUAGCUGAGACGAGCCGCUGUUUUCGGUUCAGAUUCAGUUUAACGCGGGAAGCGAUUGAAUACGCAUGGUCUUGAAAGUAGUUCCUUUGCUUCUUUCAGUACGAGCGUGAUAAGUCGUUAGUGAUAACAAGUAGUGCUGUGACAGUGAUAUAAAAUACAUCAGAUUAUGUGAUAGCUCAGGAAUUUUGUACCAUACGAUUCUCAUUUACUUUUUGGUAAUGACAAAUAAAAUGGAAUACGAAGGAAGGAUGUAGGAUGCAAGUGAGUGCAUGCUGGGGUCUGCUGGCCCUGGUGGUAGCUUCGGCAGCAUCAUCAUCAUCAUCAUCAUCAGUGUGCGAUCUGGAAGCAUGCUCGUGCGCAGGCGCCGGACAUGUGCACUGCGAUUGUCGACGCUCUCAAAUCAAGGAAGUGACACUUGAAGCUAAAGUUGACGAGAAGAGUGGCAAGACGUGGACGAACUCUUCAUCCACAUUCAUUCCAGAGAUAAUGAGUGUGGUGAGAAUAGAGCACUGCGACAUGGUGAAGAUAGGAGAGCGCGCGUUCGCGCAUGCAGCCGCACUCAGGCAAGUCAACUUGACUGGCAUCGGGCAGCUGCAACUGGCAGAGCAGUCGUUCAACUGGCACCACAACAUCGACCUCGACGAGGGACAGCAAGCCGGGUUGGCUGUCGAGAUUUCACACACCUACCUCCCCUUAAUUCCUAGCUACGCAUUGAAAGGCACCAUUCUGACAAUCAAGUUGAACAAUGUGAGUGUAGACACAGUGCAGCCGUUCGCGUUUGCAUCGCUGGUGGACACUGAGCGAAUCGACGUGGUCAAUAGCAGAGUGAAGAACUUUGAGGGCCAAGCGUUCAAGAAGUUCUCAGUGCAGCGGUUGAUGUUCUCCGGAUGCAGCCUCCCAGUCUUACCAUCCAGGUCCUUCGUGGAUUUGGAGGUAAGAGGUGAGCUUCGUUUCGAACAAGUGCACUUCGAUUCGAUACGAACUCUGGCGGUGAAGAUCCGAGGCACACAGCAGUUCACUAUGACGGGCUGUCACGUGGGCAGAAUGGAGAAGGAGUCGAUAUCAGUGCGCACCGAGGGUCACGUCACCAUCAGGAACAAUGUCUUCAACACUGUCAUGGCCAACUCUCUGGGAGGGAUGACGGUUGAGGCGCUCAACCUGAGCCACGAUGGCAAACAGGACUUCAACUUCCUCAACAAUUCCGUCAGCUUCUUCGAGGAAGGUGCGUUCACAUUCAACACGUCCGAGUUCACUCCGAAACUGGGCGACAUCACGCUCCUGCACCCGCACUGCUCCUGCCAGAACUCGGACACACUCUCUCACGCCAUACUCUACACAUCGGCCGACGGCCUCAGGCAGCCUCCCAUCGACGCCACCAGCUUCAUCUUCUGUCAAGAGAAGCCCAACCGAUUCAUCUCCGUCAAACAGUUCAACAAAAGCAACUGCCAGGAGAUGUUCAUCAAACGCUAUCUACUGAUUAUUGUCUUCUUCCUCACCGUACUAGUUGCUUGUUCUGGUACAUUCUAUUACAUCUGUAGGAUUCGUGUGAAGAGGUACAUCGAUGUGCCGAAUAACAGUACUGAUGGCAAAGUUUCGUUCAAAGCAGGGACAAAGCUGCCCAUUAUGGUUGUGCCUGAUGGAAGGACUUAUCGUGAAACUGAGCUGCAUGUCAUUGAUGAGCAGGUCGAGCCUAUAGUCGAAUACAUUCCACCUCAUGGUGCCAAAAACUAGUCAUUAAGUAUCUUACUACUAGUAUAUUAUUAUAUGAUCUCUUAUCAAUUUAAACCAUGUCACGUGUAAAGAAUGGAUAUACCCACUUAUACUUCUUUCAAUUUUAAUUUUUCCAACAUUUGGCUCAUGCUGAAUUACAAUAAGCAUAAAAAUUACAUACAGAUUCAUAAAAAAUAGUAAGAAAAUCAUAAGGAUUUUCAAGAAACUCGGAUACGAUCUAAUGCAAAUGUAAUGACAUUAUAAUUAUAUGGAAUAUCAAAAAGUAGACUGCUUUAAUAUUCCAUUAUAUUUGUUAUUUCAUGUCUUCAAUGAAUAUAAUGAAUUUAAUAUUGGAUAUAAUAAAACCACACAUUAGUCAGAACUGAGCAAAUAAUAAUAAUAAUAAUAGUCAAUUGUAUCCAAAUAUUUCAUGCAUUCACAAGAAUGAGAUUUAAAAACUGAGAACUCUUAAUUAGAAGUAAUAUAUCACAGACUUUGGUAAGAAAGGCGAAGAAGAUAUGAAGUAGGUACAGAUAAAAAAGUAUAAGAUACUAAUAGGUAAAUGGUAAACAUUUAUAAAUUAUCAUUUGAAAACACAGUUCUUGAGAUAUUGUAUCCUGUAUAGUUAUUGACGCUAUGUUAACAUAGUUCAUAGAGGAUCAUGACUGUAUUAUUAUAUUAUUGAGAAACAGAAGUAAUGAUACCCUUUUAAUUCAUUUUUUUGCUACCUGGUUAAUAAAGGCACAUUCAUGUAAACUUCUAAAAAGUAUCUGGACUGUAAUCAGUGUGUUUAAUUCCAAUUUUAUUGAACGUAAUCUCAAAAAUUAUUAUUCAAUGUGACCUCAAUUCAAUCUAAAAUUUCUCAUAACAAAAUUGAAACCUACUAAAUUUACAUUUAUUAGUAUAAGUCAACCCAGUAUUAGCCAAAGCAGUGAUGUGAUCUCACUAUAAUUUUAAAUAUUGAUUACAAUAUGAAUAGAAUAAUCAUUAUUGUAUAGAAGUUGUAUAUAACAUGUCUUAAUCAAAUAUAUUUAAUGAAAGUUUCUCGACAGUAGACACUAUUUCAUUCUGUUUUGCAUUAUUUGCAUUAAAUUAAUUGUUGGAAAAUAGACAAUAAUUUUUGAAUCUUUCAAUCAACAUUGAAUAUAGGUGACAAAAAUUAAAGCUUUACAGAUAUUGAUUGAGAAACUAGAACCCUUUGACGAUAGAAAGCCGUAAAUAUAAUUUACUCUUCAUGAAAGAAACUACACUCAUUAUUUAUUAAGAAGUUGGGUUUCACACCUAACUUGAAAAGAAAAAGCUUUAAAGAAUUCAAGUUUCAGAUAAAAAUUCAAUUUUAUAAUAAGUUUAGUUUUCAAACUUGGUCUUGUCCAUGCCAAUCACGGGGCUACUGAUGAACCACCAGUAAGAUAAAGGAUAAACAGAGCUUAGUAAAACAACACUACUGAUUCCAAUUGUCCAGUCGAGAAACUCCCAACAAGUUUCUCGAGUAACGUUCUUGGAGAAGAGCCCGCUCAAUAAAAGUUUAACCCUAUCAAAUCCAGCUACCAACUUCAGCAGUUCUGUACUUAUCAACUCUGGUCUGGCGAGUAGAGUUUAUUUGCUUUUCUUCAAUUUCACAUGUCAUAAAGUUAAAGUACAAAUCAGACUUAAAAAUAAAAACCUUUUAGGAAUACUUCUAUUAGGAUCAAAUUAUAUAAUUCAAUUCGAAAAACACAUUAUUAUUUUGCCGAUAACAUGAAUCAUGAAAAGUGUUUGUGGAAACAUCUCAUUCGUGUCAACUAAAGUAUUGUGAGAAUCAGCCUAUCUGAUUCAUAACUAUGUGACUUACUGAAAAAAUAUUCAUUCUAGAAGGGACUGUUGAAUGAAUAAGUUUGAUCAAAAGAAUCCCUAAUGAUAAGAUUACAACGUAAAGAACCUUAAAAAAUUGAAAAUAACAAUGUUUAAGAAGAUAUAACAAAAAUAAAAGCUUAAUUGUGUAGUUGAGUGGUUGAGUACUUGUCCAAAACCAUUGAAUUAUAAAGAAAUAUUAUAAUCAAAUCAUGAUUCACUUUUUCAAUGACAAUCAGAUUGAAUUUGUUUUACAAAUUGACAGUUGUAUGUAUUGACAUACUUUAUUCAAGUGGAAUGCACAAUUGAAAUAUUAUGUGAGCAAAUAAUUCCCUUGAAAAUUAUUUGAAUAGCAAAUACAAUAAUUCUGUUUUAUCUGGCAAGAGACUUAUCUAAGAGCUGAGACUUUAUGGAAUGCGUAAUGAAUCAUCAUUCCAAUAUCAUAGAAAGAAUAAUCUUCAUAAAUAAUACAUGACAGAUAUGACUCAGGAUAUGACAGAUAAUAUACUGCAUGAAAAAUACAGCAUUUUCUAUUGUUUUCAUAUAUUUCAGAGAUCACUUCAUUCAAGGAAAUUGGUUUACGUUUAUAAGCAUAGAAAACUAGUUUCUAUAUGAUAGUCUUCUUAACAUGAUAAACUCAACUAUUAUUAUUACCACCAAUAUUGUAGAACAAAACAAAAUAAUGUUCCACCGAUUUGUAUAUAAUAUUCUGUACUAAUGUACGAUUUGUAUUUAUUAAGAUGAUAGAAUACCGAAUUGAUGUACAAUUUAAUCAAUCAUUCCAUUAAACAAUGAAGAGAGGA